ACUGGUCGGGGGGGGACAACUGGGAGACACCGAGAAGGGAAACCGGGAACCAGUCAGCCAAUAGACCUCUCGGCCGGGGAGGCCUAUAUAAGGCGCGCAGCCAAUGGGCGCGCUCGGCGGGAUGCGGCGGAACGUGGAGGUGAAGGCGCGGGUGCGGGCGCUGGCGGAAGCGCGCGGGGCGGCCGAGCGGCUGCUGCGGGCCGGCCCAGGUGAGCCGGGCCCAGGUGAGCCGGGCCCAGGUGAGCCGGGCCCAGGUGAGCCGGGCCCAGGUGAGCCGGGCACUGGUGAGGGGCACGCCCAGGGCACAGGUGACGGGCACGCCCAGGGCACGGGUCCGGGGCAGCUGCUCGUCCAGGCCGACACGUUCUUCCGCGUGCCGCGGGGCCGGCUCAAGCUGCGGCGGACACAGGAUGGCCGGGGGGAGCUGAUCUUCUACGAGCGCCCCGACACCGCCGGCCCCAAACUCUCCAGCUUCACCAUCACCCCCACGGCCGACCCCGAUGGGCUGGAGGCAGUGCUGGCACAGGCGCUGGGCGUGCUGGGCAUCGUGAGGAAGGAGCGGCUCCUCUACCUCGUGGGGCAGACCCGGGUUCACCUGGACCGCGUGGAGGGGCUGGGCGACUUCCUGGAGCUGGAGGUGGUGCUGAGGCCGGAGCAGAGCGUGCAGGACGGGGAGCGCGUGGCCCGGGAGCUGCUGCGGGAACUGGGGGUCGGGGAGCACGACCUGAUCUCGGGGGCUUACCUGGACCUGCUGCUGGCCAAGGGGCAGCCGGGCACGGGGGCAGAGCCCCCCCAGUGCCACCCCCAGGCCGGGCAGGGACAGCAGAGCUGAGGGCAGCGGGGACACGGCUGUGCCACAGGCACCCUGUGCCAACCCCACAGGCAUCCUGUACCCCCCUAUGGGCACCCUGUGCCUGCCCCAGACACCCUGUGCCCAGUCUAGACAUCCUGUACACUGCUAUACGCACCUUGUACCCACCCUACAGACAUCCUGUGCCCACCCCAAACAUCCUGUACCCCCCUAUGGGCACCCUGUGCCUGCCCCAGACACACUGUACCCGCCCCAGACACCCUGUGCCCACCCCACAGGCAUCCUGUACCCCCCUACGGGCACCAUGUGCCUGCCCUGGACACCCUGUACUUACCCCAGACACCCUGUGCCCACCCCACAGGCAUCCUGUACCCCCCUAGGGGCACCCUGUACCCGCCCCAGACACACUGUACCUGCCCUAGACACCCUGUGCCCACCCCAGACAUCCUGUACACCCCUGUGGGCACCUUGUACCCACCAUACAGACAUCCUGUCCCCACCCCAGACAUCCUGCACCCACCCUGGACAUCCUGUGCCCACCCCAAGGACACCCUGUAACCCCCCAUGGGAACCCUGUACCCCUCCCCAUGGGCACCCCCUGCCCCAUACCCACCCCAUGGGCACUCUCUACCCUCCCAUGGACACCCCCUGCCCCAUAC